CUCUCGGUGUGUCCGUCACCGAAACGUCAAAGUUCCCGUCGCGACUUCGUCGAUUCCACAAUCUACCUCGAAUUUUCCAAUUUUAGCUGCCGCCGUAGGUUCUCCGCACCAGAAACCGGUGCUUUCCUUAUUUUCCCCUUUCGGUUAAGUUACAUUUUGUGAAGAUAGGUACUACCAGCAGCAUGGCCGUUACAAAUGUGACCAGUGUCGAUCAGUACAACAAGCUAAUAGGGUCAUCGUUGGUGUCGGUGGCGCUCUUUUCCGCCGAAUGGGCUGACCAAUGCAAACAGAUUCUGGCCGUUAUGUCCGAGAUGGCCAAGCAGGCGCCGUUUGGUGGGCUUCAAUUUUUGGACAUUCCGGCGGAAGAUCUGUCGGAAGUGUCGCUAAAGCAUCAGAUCGAUGCAGUUCCGACGGUCAUAUUUUUCAAAGCUGGCAAGGCAGUUGACAGAAUCGACGGAGUGGAUGUCGCUGCGCUGACGGCCAAAUGCCGCAAAUUUGCCGGCGCCGGAGACAGUACGGUCGAAAGCGGGGACAGUUUAGAGGAUCGUUUGAAGGCACUGAUAAAUCGCUCCAACGUUAUGAUAUUCAUGAAGGGCGAUCGAAACACGCCUCGAUGUGGAUUCUCCAAGCAGCUGAUAGGCAUCAUCAAUGAGACGGGGGUGCAGUACGACACAUUCGACAUUCUGACGGAUGAGGAGGUGCGACAGGGUCUGAAAGUCUUCUCGGAUUGGCCUACUUAUCCUCAGGUCUACGUCAAAGGUGAACUGAUCGGAGGGCUCGAUAUCAUCAAAGAACUGCUGACCGCUGGCGAACUGAACGCGACGCUCAAUGCUUAGUGGAUAAGCCCCAGUUCAAGUUCCAGUCGUAUUGUAAGUAUUUUAACCGCGAGGGACAUGGAAGACAAUGCUUUUAUCUAUUGAAAAUGUUCUGGGGUUUCGUUCACUGAUACACAAAAUGGCUUACAAAUACUAGGAGAGAGUGUAACAUGAA